AAGGAGGUAAACACCUACCUUACUCGCUCUUUACCCCUGGUGCUCCUUCACAUCCACCAGGGUGACAAAAAGCCUCAGCUCCUGGACAUAUGUUCUAGAAUGCCUGUAGAGCACCCUGACAGGUGGGGGUGGCUGAGUUUCUGGGCUCUGCUGAUGUUUCCAUCCCCCACAGUUCUUGGAGUCCACUUCUUCGGUGACUCACAGGAUUCCACGAGCUGUGAGCAGCAGCUCUUCAGUGGCAGCCAGACCACUACCCCAGGCCACUGAAAGCAAGGACUCCAGUACCAAUAGUGUCACCAACAGCAGUUCCCUACUGCCUCAUUACAACGAGCAGGCAGAAGACAGCAGCUUCGUACAGGUCCACCUGGAGGAGCAGACCAGGAGGGACUCACAGCGCAUCCUGUUGUCAGAAUCAACUUCUGAGGCCUCAGCCAUGGAGUGUACCAUCAGCCCAGCCUCCAGUCACAUCUCUUCUCAAAAGGCUAGGCCCAAGCCGACGGCCACAAAACACAUGAAGAAAUCCAGGGCCAUCGGAUACAUAACGGGCAGAUGCUCAUGGCCCCGGUCCAAGAAACAGGUGAAAGACAGCUGCCUCAUAAAUGUCAGACUGGAGCACCAGAGUGCAAAGGAUGGCAAGACUAUCCUGGUGACAUGCAACGACAGGGCUCCUACGGUCAUUCGCAGGGCCCUGGAACAUCACUUGCUGUUGCAGGAGAAGCCACAAGACUAUGAACUGGGACAAAUCAUCUCCCAACAGCACAAAAUGAAGAUUCCAAAGAAUGCCAACGUCUUUUAUGCGAUGAAGCCACAUGUCAGGAGAGACUUCAUCCUGAGAAAGAGGACCUGUCCUCAGGAUGAAAAGGAUGACUGGAUCCCUCCCCAACCUCCCUCUUAUGAGGCAACUCAGGUGCGACAUCACCGCUGGAACCUGUGGACAAGAAUCUGCUCCUGUCUCUCUGGGCAGUGCUAAAGCAUUGCAUCAUGGAUGAUCAAUGAGAUUGACUUCUAAAAUGUUUACUCAUCAAUUCCAUACAUAAUUGGACCUUAAGUUUUGUUAUUUAAAAUAUGUUUCUGUAUUCUGAUCCAC